AUGAGUCACAUCCAAGACGACCAACUAUUCUCUUAUUCUGAACGUGCUAAGGGUAAAGUUGUAGUUAUCACAGGUGCAGCAAAUGGCAUCGGUAAAGAGACGGCCUUGCGCUUCGCGUCUUAUGGGGCCCGAGUAGUUAUCGGAGACUUGGACCUUGUAGGUGCCAAAAACGUUGUUGCAGAGAUAGAAAAAGCAGGGGGACAUGCGGCUUGUAUCAAGUGCGACGUCACUAAAUUCGAACAGCAAGUCGAAUUAUUUGAGUUGGCUAUCCAUAACUUUGGAUCGGUAGACAUUGUGAUACCUAAUGCAGGCGUCUCGGAAAUGGGGUCUUUCCAGCAACUCCAGAUGAAAGAUGGAAAGCCUGUGAAACCUUCCAUGCUCACAAUGGAAGUGAAUCUAUAUGGUGUUUUGUACUCUGCACAUCUCGCCAUCCAUUAUCUUCUCCUCAAUCAAAAAGAAGGCGAUCUCAAGUCACUCAUCUUCAUCGGCUCAGUUGCGUCAUGGCUGGGCAUUCCUAGAGGUUCAAUGUAUACCGGAUCCAAGCAUGCAGUGCUGGGUGUCAUGCGCUCUCUCUAUCCCACAUUGGAGAUGAAAGGCAUUCGCACUGGCUGCAUUCACCCAUUUUUCGCCGAUACUGCCAUCGUCCCCACACCCGUGAAACUGGUCCUCGCAGGUAUCCCUUUAACACCCGUUCCCCGUGUUGCAGGCGCUAUCUUUUAUGCUGCGACGAAUCCGGAGCCUGCUACAAAUGGUUCAGCCUGGUUGCUUCUGGACGACGGACCUUUGUUCAUGGUUCCAAAGGAAGAAUUCAAAAUGGGAGUUUACAAAAUGAUUGAUGAUAGGGCCAAUGCCGCAAGAGCUGCUUUGACUGGAAUGCGUGCAUGGGCACGGUUCUUCCGCGAUGUUUGGCGUAUCACUGGCAGGUCCAUCGUCUUUGCCGCGCUGUCAGCUGGUCUGGCGAAGGUGGCAUGGGAUUACUUUUUGUAG